GUUUGUUUGUUUGUUUGUUUAUUUGUUUGUUUGUUGUGCUUCUAAUUGCAACUAGUUAAAUUUCACAAUGGAUUUGGUACAAGAAAUUGAGGAUUUCUAUGGAGUUUAUCUGCUAGUGAGCAAAAGUACUAAUCCGAAGUUUGCCGGGCGAACUUAUGUUGGAUACACUGUGGAUCCAAAUCGUAGAAUAAAACAACAUAACGGCGGACAAGAUGCAGGCGGCGCUAGGCGGACUUCGAAUCGUGGACCAUGGAUAAUGGUUAUGAUUAUUCAUGGAUUCCCGAACAAUAUAUCUGCACUCCGGUUCGAAUGGGCCUGGCAGCAGCCACGAGUCUCAAGGCGGAUGAAACAGAUACCGGAUAUACAGAAAAAACUAAGGAAUGAAACGUAUUUCGAGUACCACUUCCGUAUCCUUUCGGAAAUGCUUCGAAUAGGUCCUUGGAACCGGUUACCCCUUAUCAUUCGAUGGCUGGCCGACGAGUAUCACCGUGAAUUUGAGAUUGGGAAAACUCCACCCCUCCACAUGCCUAUAUGCUUCGGGCGAAUUAAGAAGGUCAACAAGAAGCGGAAGCCCACAAUCGUUGCCAAGAAAGCGAGCAAAGAGGCUGGAUCGCUGAGAACACAUACGACCGUAUCAAAUCAGGAGGCGAACGAAAAAAUACCCAUCAAUUACGAUUUAGAUGAAUUCGAUCGCAUCGUAAUGGGUGGUGAGAAAAUUGACGAUUAUAUAAGUCAGUCAUUAGAUCGGCCCACGGUAGGGGACAAUAAUCCAGCCGAUACCAUCGUCAUUAGUUCCGAUUCCGAUGAAGAGGAGCAUGGUGGUGUCGAGCCGGCCCACAGUGAAACGAAUGUGGAGUGUACUCUUUGUAGGGGUUCCAUUGACACUCGCCUGCCGGCGGAGGGAAGUAGUGAAGUAGUUUUGAGGUGCUUGCAACCACGUUGUCAGCUCAUUUCCCAUCUCGAAUGUUUAGCUCGAUUAGUUUUAGAACCAGGUCAGUACGUUCCCGUUGAAGGUGAUUGUCCCAUUUGUGAGACACAUUUUCUUUGGGGGGACAUCAUAAGAAAGGCAAACGGAUGCUGUGAUUUAGUAGAUGAUGUUGAAAAUGUUGAUCCCCUCGAGGUAAAUGAUGUAUCCGAUGAAGAUGAAUAAAUAUUUAAGGAUGUAGUUAACCCUUC